AAAAAAAAUUGCAAUUUUUUAUUUUAAUUCAGACGUCAUCAUCAUCACAAAAAUAAAAAGCCAUCUUGUUUGUGACUUGGGCGACGUGGCUGCCGGUGUACCGGUCAUUUAUUAACUUUAUUAUGAACAAGUUUUCAGGUGUAGUGUUUACGCUAUUAGUGGUCCUAUUGGAUCUCACCUUGGCAGCAUCAAAUGUUGGUGGUGCUGGUGGUUCUGCAACGUCAACAAAUUUAUACUUAACAGAUUCACAUCGUGAUAAAUUGGCUAAAGUCAUUGAGCCUGGAUUAAAACUUACUGAUGUUGAAUCUGUUUAUUAUGCUGUUGUUGGAUUGAAACAACUUGGUCGAACAAUUCCAAAUUCAUUGGAUAUUUGUAAUUAUUUAAUCAAAAGUUGCGAUAAAAAUGAAUACAAAAAUGCUGAAAGUAUCAACUACAUUGCCUCAACAUGGAAAGCUAUUGGAUCAUGUUCAUCAUCACUUCCAACAAGUACAUUAAUAAGUACAUUGAAUGCUGUUGUUGAUUCAUCAUCAUCAUCAAUUGCUGAUUAUUAUCAUGUUGCCUCAGCUCAUGCUGCCCUUGGUCGUAAAAUUGAUACAACAGUUGUUGCCAAAUUGUCAAAAAUAUUGGAAGCUGCUUCAAAAAAAGAAGAAAGUCUUUUAAAUUUGGGAUAUAUUUUCCAUAUUGCUGCAGAACUUGGUCCAGCUGGUAAAUUUGCUUUGAAUAAAAUUGAAGAUACAAUUAUUCAAGCUGAUGAAGUUGAUGGUAAACUUUUACAAUUUGAAGGUGGUCUUUCUGUCACAAGUUUAAUUGUAACUGGAAUUGAAAAACUUUCAAUGGCAUUUGAAAAAUUACCACCAGUAACUUCCCAACAAAUUGUUAAAUUGACCAACUACUUGUUAUCCAGAUUGACUGUUCAACAGCCGAAAGGAGUUGUUUAUUUGUUAUCAGCUCUCAAUAUGUUGGCUAAAAAUAAAGUCAGCAAACCAGUUGCCAUAACACUGGCUGAAAAUGGAAAUGUAAUAUCAGCUAAACAGCCAUAUGUCACUGUCAAAGUAUGUGAUGUACUUGGUAAUCCUCUUGUUGCUGUACCAAAUGUCGUUGCCAACUCUGCAAGUAGAGUAAGUGAUGACGUGGUUGUCAUUAGCAAGCAAAACUUUAAACCAUCAACAACAGACAAGACAUUGUUUAUGUUGAACUUCAAUGACAUAAAACCACAACGUGACUUUUACAAAGUUGAUGUAGCAGCUGGUGCAGCAUCAAAUGCUGUUGAGGUUAAAGUCAUUACAGAUGUUAAAGUUGAUUAUCUUGAAAUUGGAACUGGUGAUGCUGAUCAAACAACACAACCAAAACUUGUCAAAGUAAGUCAUCCAAACAAAUUGAGUACUAAAAUUGAGGCAGACUCACAACAAAAAAUUGUCAUGAAAUUUAUGUUACGUGAUACAAUGAAUGACAAACCAAUGCGUGUUCAUCAAGCCUUUGUUCGUUUUUCAACAAUUGACAAAGUUACAAAUCAACUUCGUGAAGUUAUUUUUGUUGCUGAACCUGAUUCAACAAAUGUCUACAAAUUUGAUAUGCCAAUUGGUAGCUCAGCACAAACUUUCAAUUAUGAAAGUGGUCAAUAUGCUGUUAAUGUUAUUAUUGGUGAUGCAUUAUUGAGUAAUUCAUUUGAAUGGUAUCUUGGUGAUGUAUCAUUAAAAUUCCCUGAUAAGUCAAAUGAAGUUACUUCAACUGACAAAUCAGCAACUGGUGGUACUUAUAAACAAAAAGCCAAUACAUAUGUACCAAAACCAGAAAUCAAGCACAUGUUCCGUGAGCCAGAAAAACGACCACCAGUUUUGGUAUCAAAUCUUUUUACUGGUCUCUGUUUGGCACCAGUAUUGAUUCUGUUGGUUCUUUGGGUAAAACUUGAUGUCAAUGUAUCCAAAUUUCCAUUUUCAAUCAGCGCAAUUGUUUUCCAUCUUGGACUUGGCAGCAUUUUCGUACUAUUUGGAAUUUUCUGGUUACAACUCAACAUGUUUGUAACACUUCGUUAUCUUUUUGGCCUUGGUGUUGUGACAUUUUUGUCAGGCAGUAAAUUACUUUCACACAUCAACCAGAGUCAAAAAUUAUCACGUUAAUACAUGUCCAUUAACUUUUCUACUCCCCAAAAAAAAAAUAAUAAUAAUAAUAAAAUAAUAAUAAUA